CCCCAGCGUGACCCCUUUAUCUCAUCUACACAAUUUUACCGCACGUCUGCUCAUUGAAGGAUGAUUUACAAUCUUUGACAUGCAUUCGUUUGCAGCGUUUUGGGAAGACUCCAUCACCUGUUUCACCGAGGACGCAGGAGGCAAACUUUGCGGCGCUGUGGCUCUUGGUAGCGUGUCAGGGCUGCUGCUUCUGCUGGCACACGCUGCGUUAGGCUAUGAGCGAUGCAGAUAUCAAGUAGAAAGUGGGAGGGAAGCCACCACUUCUCUCUAUUGCCUCCUUGGUAACAGUUGCAGCACAAUUGGAGCCAUUCUGUCCAGGCAGCUUCAUGUUCAGGUUGUUUUGGCUGCCUUUUCUGCGAUAAUGGAUGCUAUAUCUUUCAUCACUUUGUGCAUACCAAUAUGUUUGUGUAGGAAGUCAAAAGCAGGACUGAGGAUGAGAGCAAGACGAAGAAGACAGCAUCUCUAUGGAGUCUGUGUACUGUUCAUGCUCACUGGAGGGUUUCUCAAAGUUGGACUGAGUAAUACUGAAAUACACAAGACUCCUACACAGAGGAGACUUCUACAAAUUAUAAUGGAAGACAACUCUGAUAUACUUGGAUAUGUCCUUGGAAUCCUGUCUUUUGUGAUAGCAUAUACAUCUAGAUUUCCUGCACUCUAUAGAACAUGCAAUAAACGAAGGCUGACAAGAGCCCAGCUGUUCUCGGCAGUACUGUGCUCCCUGGCUGGUUCAUGCUAUGCCACUGCCUUACUGCUUUACGACACCAGCAAUGUGUUUAUCUGGAGGACAAUGCCAUGGUUGCUGUCAGCUGUUUUGUGUGCCAUGUUGGACCUUCUUAUGAUAGUCAUUCAUUUGUGCAAAAAACAAAAUCCUGUGGUGUUGUCUCCAGACACAGUUAGUCUUCUGGGAAAAUCAACCAUCGCUGUUAAAGAGAGGCCCAAUGAAGAGAAAAAUCACUCAACACCACAGAUUAAAAAGAAAAAUGCUGAGAAGUUGACUGGGACAGACUGUUACUUGCAUGUGAAAUGUUCAUCUGAAAGUAAAAGCCCUAUUCAGUUAAACUUGUCCAGAACGGUGAAAAAGGAGGGAGAACAUAACAAAGAUGAAGAGUGUCUCUGUUCUUCUGAUACAUCGUUUGACUCAUCUGUCAUCAGCUCAGACCUAGAGUGGGAUUUUGAAGAUGCAAAUGUCCAGUGGUGUGAACCAGCAGCACAGCUCAAGGAUGACAAGUUUCCAUUGCAAGAGUGGCAAAGCAUCCCUUUAACAAAUUAACACUAGACAGAUCAUAAAAUGCAAAAUUAAUUAAAAAAAAA